UCACUGGAAGCAUUUGCCUGGAAAGCUCCUCGAUCGCUGCCUGCCGGUGCGCGGCCAGCCGUGGCAUGCACGCGGCUGUCUGUAGACUUGAUUCACAGCAUGCGACAGCAGUGCGUGUGUAUAUAUCUGCAGGGAGACGUAUAAGCGACUGUAAGUGCUGCGUAAGGUCAGCCGAGAAUCUGGGUUAUAGACUUAUAGUGAAGAAGAAAGUGAACUAUAACUAACGAAACAAUGGUGAUAGAUGGAACGACGAUGAUGAGUUACUGCAGUAGCGAGCCGCUGCCUCUUCUCUCGCUCAACCACGUCUCCCUUCUGGUGCGAUCUGUGUGGGCUUCUGUGCGAUUCUACGAAGAAGUUCUCGGCUUCUGCCUCGUCCAACGCCCAUCUUCUUUCAAUUUCCAUGGCGCUUGGUUGUUUAAUUAUGGAAUUGGGAUACACUUGCUUGAAGAUGACCAGUCCAUUGAUGACGAGUACCACGCCGCCAUGGCCACACCUCGCCCCAUCAAUCCCAAGGAUAACCACAUUUCCUUUGAAUGCACAGAUGUUGAGCUGGUGAAGAGGAGGCUGGAACAAAUGGGGGUGAGGUACGUGACGGUGGUGGUGGAGGACGGCGGCGCGGUGGUGGAGCAGGUGUUCUUCCACGACCCAGAUGGCUACAUGAUCGAGAUCUGCAACUGCAAUAACUUCCCAAUCCUCCCUGUGUCUUCCGGCUCCUUCAAGCCUCCGGAGUUCUUUUGGGGCUCCGCCGGAGUCCGCCGUGAGGAUGGAGAGCCUGAGCCCUGGAUAUGAUAUGCGAGCUUCUGAUCAUUUUAUUAAUUAGCUAGCUUGUUGGGUUGCUUAGGGCUCCACUUUUUCCCAAUUUAAUCUCAAUUCCACUGACGUAGGAUUUUGUGAUCUCCUUAGAUAAUUGAUUAGUCAUUCUAAUGUUAGUUAUUUUAAUACAACAAUAAAUUUAUAACGGAAGAAAGUGGGGGCAUGACCUUAUGGUGUCUAGA